AGCCACCAGUCUCUCUUCCCACAGUUACACACAACAAACACUAUAUUUCUGAAGAAAAACAAAAACAUAAUCAUCUUUCUUAUUUUCUGUUUUUCUUGAACCCCAAAUUGAGAAAAAAGCUUCAAACUUUAGUUAUGGAGUCUUUAACAGGGCUAUCAAUAAAAGGGGUUUGUUUGGAUAAGGUUUUAGAUAAACACAAAGUUUUAUCUUUGAGUAAAAAAUCAGAAAUAUGCUUUCUUGGAUUGUCAAGUUUCAAGAUUGUUCAUAUUACCUCAUGUUCUGUUCAGCACAAAACUAUUCACCCUAUUUUUUGUGCUUCUGAUUCUCAGAUACAUACUCAGAGUGAAGAAACAGAAACAACUGAUACAAAUCAAUCCGAACCAGUUCGCGUAAAAUUUCAAUUGAAUAAGGAAUGCUCCUUUGGUCAGCAUUUCUACUUAGUGGGCGAUGAUCCAAUACUCGGUUUAUGGGAUCCAUCAAAUGCAGUGCCACUUGAAUGGUCAGAGGGACAUUUAUGGAACGUCGAGUUGGAUAUCCCAAGUGGAAAAACUAUCAGCUACAAGUUCAUUAUGACAGUAGAUGAUGAGACUAUCUUGUGGCAACAAGGCCCUGAUCGAAUUAUUCAAACAUGGGAAACGAAGAAAACGAUAACAGUUUCUGAAGAUUGGGACAAUGCUGAGCUGCAGACAAUUGUAGAAGAGGAGCCUAGUGCAGAACAAUCGACAGUUAGUCCAGAAAUUUUAAUAGCUGAGAAUCUGGUUCCACAAUCAGCUGUAGACAUAGAAGAUGAUGUAAAUGAGGAAAAAACUAAUGAAGUUCUAGCUAUAGUCGCGGAAAAUAUCACUGAAGUAAACGAGGAUGUGAACACUGGUGGAAAUGAGGACACCACAAUGGAAGCAGAAGCUAUUGGCAAGAAUAUGGUGACCUCUAUUGAUGGAGUGUUGAGCUCAAAAAGUGAGUCCAUCUUAGUGGAGGACGAAAGAGUUCCCGUCUUGGUUCCUGGCUUAACACAAGUUUUGACCUCAGAGGUUCACACGGACAAAGUUGUUGUUGAGAGCUCACAGCUUGGAUCAAAUAGUGAAGAGUUGAAUGAAGUUCACAUGGAAAAAGUUGUUGCUGAGGGCUCAGUUGGAUCGAAAUCGGAGGAGUUCAAUGUGACAGAGUUGAGUACAAAGGAAGAUAUAACACAUCCUCCAGAAAAGGUGAAGAUUAAUGUGAAGCAAGAAGUAAGAAGAGGGCAUGAAGAUACAGAAAAGUCUGAACUGGUUGAAGGAGGAGGAGAUUGGUCUAAUGGGAAGGCAGUGGAAGAGAAUGUGUUUGUAAGUGAUAUGCAAAGGAGUAAAAAGACACUGUUGAAGUUCUUUGCAGGUUUGGGUUUCUUUAAAGUAGAGCUUGAAGGCUGAAAACUAGCUAGCUCAUAGAGAAGGAAAAACAAAAGUUGUGUAUAUUACCUAAUAAUGAACUCUUUUGAUCUGAGGCUAUGUGUACUAAUACAUAUUACUACUAUUCUAAUCUACUCUCAUAUAAUUCUUGUUAAA